AUGAGCGACGUUGUCGAGAGCUGGACUGAGGACGCAGUCAUCCACUGGCUCUCAGGACUGUCACCUGACAUUGCGCGCUACGCAGGCGCCUUCCGCCUCAACAACAUUACGGGCAAGCGCUUGGUAUCACUGACGUCUGAGAAGCUGGCCAAAAUGGGCGUCGCGUCACUUGGCCAUCAAGACGACAUCCUCGAGGGUAUCCAGGCGCUCAUUGCGCAGCCAAAGGCCGGGCUGGUGAUGGAAACGGUGCCGUUGCGCACAGCCGAUCAGCUCACGAGCGAGCAGCAAUUGGAUCAUGCCGUGGAGCAGUUCUCGGACAACAUUGCGGUGCUCAUUCGAGUCGUGAAGGCCAAUCCUGGCAUCGAUGUUGAGAUUAUCAAUUACGCGGCCAUGACCCUCUCGCCGUGUGGAGAGCUCAUCAAGCUGAUGGCCAACCACUCCAACCAGACCCCAUACUGGAUCAACCAGCGACAGCUCCUGACUCAGUCCUGCGCACUUCUCGGCGGCAAAGCGCAAGACAUUCGCACCAAUGGCUUGAGUGACGAGCGCCAAAGCGAGAUGGCGACUGCCAUUCCCGCGUUGGUGAAGAGGUUUCGUGACUGUAGUGAGUUGCUCCGCAGCGAGCUUCAUGUUGUCCAGAUUGCCGUGGCUGGAUCGCCCGAGCCACAACGGCCCGUGUCUCCGCCAAUGACGCCAUACGUCGAAGUGCCCGACUCGAUUCCAUCUCGGCCAGUCACACCCACCUACAUUCCCCUGCCAACCCCAUCGUCGAAGCGGACGUCGAUGGCUCGAGACUCGAAUGAUCGAGCCAUGACCAAUUACGAAGAGGUCACCAAAGAGCUGGCGCUUCGGAAGCACGCCGAUCCUGAGCGAAUGGAACAGAGCAAAGCGGGCCUCGCCACCCUGGAUGCGCAGGUCGGUGCGCAGUCCUUGACCCGACUCCUCAUUGCAGUCGAGCGCCAUCUCAAUGUCGCCCGUCAACUGCUCGAAGACAUUUUGCCGAGCAUGUCCCAGCUGACCUCGUCGUUGGAGAGUGCCCUGUUUAGCGUGUGUGACGAUGUCCCGUUCGAAGUCCUUCCUACAAGCAACAUCUACGAAGUCAAGGUGCAGCUUGCGGAGCUUUUCGGCCUCAGCUCGUGGCAACUCAUCGAGCUCACGCGCAUCGGUCGGCCCUUGCGCAACCCGUCGACUGUGGCUGACUGCCAGCUCACUGACGAUGCUGUAGUCUUCGUCCUCGACCACGAGAUGCCCUCCUCCCAGCAAGCUCCGCAGCCCAAGGCGCCGAACGCCAUUCCCAGCUCAGCGUCCGUGGCCUCCAUGCGCUCACUUGGGCAAGCUGCAUCGACCCUGGCUGCCUCGCCCGACGUUCCCGCCAGCCCUACCCCAGAUCCCCAGGCAGUGGCUCACGAAAAGGCUGCUCGCCUUCAGACCCAAAUGGAGGAGCUUCAAGCUGCCAUUGCUGCAGCAGAAAAAGAAAAGCAAUUCUCGUUGGACGCGCUCAACAAACUCGCUGGCGAGCGGAAGAAGGACAAGGUCGCCAUUGCCGCCGCCAAAGCCGAUUUCCGCGACAAGUCCGAUCGGCUGGACUUUGUGCAACGCGAGCUGGUGAAGCUGCGAGCCGAGGGAGAGGACGUCGUCAACAACGAUCUCAAGGGCUGGUUCAAUCGGUGCAAGAAGAAAGGAAGCUCGGAAAGCUCUUGGAAGCGCAACUUUUUGGUCUUUACCAACGAGGUGCACAUGUGGAAUGGAAACGAGGCCAUUCGCGAUGUUUCGCUCAACUUUUACACCAUGGACAUUACCAAAACUGCUUUUCCAAAGCUCAAAUUCCGAUUGGACCUCACGGGCAGUCGCACCGAUAUUGCCUACACGUACAAGAAACGGCAAAACGUGUUCUUGGUGCAAACAGCGGACGGCAAGGAGUAUCUGCUGCAGGCUGAGGACCAGCUCACGAUGCACUUGUGGGUCAAGUCGAUUCAAGCUGCUUGCGGUCUAGGCGACGAGGCGAUUAAAUCGAGCAUGUUGGCCACAACACGGAAGACAGUCGGCAAAAAGGAAGCCAAGAAAAUGGCCAAUGCUUUGAAAUCGCUGUCCACGCCACCAUCCAGCGCUCCACCCACUCCGACUCUGAGUGCUCCGACAUCGGCGUCCGCUUCAGCACUCGGGAGUGUGGCCCCGGUUGUCCUCGCUCAUGCCCAAGCAAUGAUGAACUAUGAGCCUGUCAAUGCAGGCGCUUUCGAUCUGAAAUUCAACGCUGGCGAUAUUGUUCUCGUGACGCAUCGAGGCGCCGACGGCUGGUGGGAAGGUAUGUGCCGUGGAAAGUCUGGGCGCUUCCACGAAUCAUUUGUCAAGGAAAUCGACCGGCAAGCAGCCAGCAAGCUCGUCGCCCAAGAGAAGCAGGCCAUGUCCACUCUCAAAAAGAAGACGAACCGUGGCAGUGUUGCUUUCAGCACGCUGUACCAAGCCAGCUAA